AUGCAAAUAAGCGGGACGAGCUCACUAUGUGCAGUCAUUCUCUAUGCGCUGGCACUAGUCUCCCAGGCGCAUGCGAUCAAUCUCGAUAUCAAGGAUGAACAAUCCAUCAAAGAUGCCGCUGCGACUGCUACGUACGGGAUGAUGGUAUGGUAUCAUGGAAAUGAGACCGGGCAGAUCCCGGGGGCUUUCCCGGACAAGUGGUGGGAAGGAUCCGCCCUGUUCUAUGCGUUGCUCAACUACUGGCACUUCACGGGCGACGACACAUACAACGACGAGCUGAGCGUGGGAUUGGAAUGGCAGUCGGGCACCAAUGGAGACUAUCUGCCCAAUAACUACAGCCACUUCCUGGGAAAUGACGAUCAAAUGUUCUGGGGCCUUGCGGCGAUGACGGCUGCCGAGUUGAAGUUCCCUGAUGUUUCGGAUGGGUUCUCCUGGCUUUCACUUGCGCAGGGUGUCUUCAACUCCCAAAAGGGUCGAUGGGACACGACAAUGUGCGGCGGAGGGAUGCGCUGGCAGAUGUUCCCGUACCAAGGAGGCGGUUAUACGAUGAAGAAUGCCAUCUCCAAUGGUGGUUUCUUCCAGCUGGCUGCACGUCUUGCCCGAUACACCGAGAACCAGGAAUACGUCACCUGGGCGAACAAAGUCUGGGACUGGUCGAUCAACUCGCCGUUGGUUAACAAUCAGACUUGGCUGGUGCAGGAUUCCACGGAAGGCACAGACGGUUGCAUAAAUGGAGCCAACAUCCCCUGGUCAUACAACUAUGGCACAUAUCUCAUGGGUGCUGCCUAUAUGUAUAAUUAUACUGGUGAUCCACAAUGGCUCGAAGCCACAAACGGUCUUUUGAACAAGACCCUCCAAACCUUUUUCCUGAAAGAGAACGGAUAUGUCAUGGAAGAGAUCACAUGCGAGCCCCAGGAGAUCUGCAACAACAACGAGGUCCUCUUCAAAGGUCUUCUGUCGACAUGGCUCUCCUAUAUAGCCCUCGUCGUCCCGUCCACAUACGACCAAAUCAUGCCGAAGCUGCAGGCCUCGGCCGUAGCGGCUGCCCAGUCCUGCACCGGCAACAACAACAAUACCUGUGGCGUUCGCUGGUAUCAAUCUAAGUGGGAUGGAUGGACCGGAAUGGAGGAGCAGAUCAGCGUCAGCCAGGUCUUCAGUGCCAACUUGCUUCCCUUCGUCCAGAGCAAGGCGGUGGCACCAGUUACGUCCAAGACGGGUGGAAAUAGUACCAGUGAUCCCAACGCGGGCCUGGAUAACAAUAACAAUAAAAAGAGUGCACCUAAGCCAAUUACCGGUGGAGACAAGGCAGGUGCUGCGAUCAUGACGGUGCUUCUCGUCGGAGGGUGGGGAGCGUUGAUGGCUUUUGCACUGAUGGGAUCGGGGGCCUGA